AUGUCCAGAUUCAAAAAAUGGAUUAAAACAAGUGAGAGACGAGAUGGAGGUCGUCCAGGAGAUCUCGACGAGGGUGAAGGUGAUAAUGAUUUCGAUGAACGAGGUCGUAGCGACGAGCAGCCCGUCAAUACUAGUGAUGUAACAAAAGCUGUUUAUUUUGUAUGUGAUGCACCACAAGAAAAUGUCAUUGCUAUAUUCUCUACAUUAGACAAAGACCUUCAGAUGUUUACCGAUGAAACUGAAUGUAUAGAAUAUAUGACACCAUUACCAAAUAAAAUAUUUUUUUUAAUCGAUGGUACACCAUCUUCAGCUCUUAUUGAAGGCAUUGAAUCAUUAAAACAAAUUGAUACUGUAUUUAUUUAUUCACAAUCAGCUGAUGCAGUUGCUGAAAUCAGUCAACAACAACAUAGUUAUAUUGUUAAUUGGUGUGAUAGUGAUGCUACAUUUACGGAUACAUUACAAAAAUCACGUGAAGAACUUGAAAAACAAACAGCUGCAUUUAGUAUGUAUAAUAAAAAAGAAAAAGCAACAAGAGAUCUUUCAAAAGAAGCUGGUUCAUUUUUAUUUUUUCAAUUAUUUAAAAAUGUAAUUAAAAAUAUGCCGAAAACAGAUUUAGCAAAAAAAACUAUGGUUAACACAGUUCGAGAAUAUUAUCGUGGUAAUUUAACAGAAUUAUCAAAUAUUGAAGAUUUUGAUAAAACUUAUAAAUCACUUGAUGCUAUACCUUGGUAUACAAAAGAAACAUUCGUUUAUAAGUUUAUUAAUAAAGCUCUUCGUACAGAAGAUGUUGAUGUAUUAUAUCAAUUUCGUUUUUAUAUUUUGGAUUUAAGUGAACAACUUGAAUUAAAAUUUCUUAAACUCAAAGAAACAACAAAAGGUGUUAUGAAGCUUUAUCGUGGUUUAAAAUUAAGUUUUGAUGAAGUCGCAAAUUUUCAGCAAAGUAUUGGAAAUUUAAUUUCAACAAAUGGGUAUUUAUCAACAAGUAGUGAUUUUGAAGUUGCAUAUGGUUUUGCAACAAAAUCAGCUAAACGAGAAGGUUAUGCACGAUGUUUAUUCGAAUAUGCAGUUGAUUUAGAUAAUAUUACGAAAAUUGUUAUUGCUGAUAUUCGAGAAUUUUCAGCAUUUCCAGAAGAAGCUGAAGUUUUGGUUGAUAUCGGAGCAUCAUUUGAAAUUGAUUCUUGUUAUUAUGGUGAAGACGACGAUUUAUGGCGUGUACAAGUUCAUGCAACUGAUAGGGGUGCUGAUUUAGCUGCUGAAUAUAUGGAAUAUCAAAAGAAAAAAAUGACAGAAGCUAAUAUAGUUCUUAUGUUUGGUAAUUUACUUCUUGAGAUGGGUGAAUAUUCUAAAGCAGAAAGAUAUUUUGAUACAAUUCUUAGUUCUUCAAAUCCUAAUGAUGAAGAAAUAGCUUGUAUUUUUUUUAAUUUUGGUCGUACACAUCGUUUAAAAGGAGAUUUUAAUCGUGCAAUUAAUUCUUAUAAUCGUGCAUAUAAUUUGCAUAUGAAUUCUCGACCAAAACGUGCUGCAAGUGCUGGAAAAACUUUGAAUGGUCUUGGAGUUGUUUAUAGUGAAAUGGGAAGACAAUUAAAAGCUGAAGAUUGUUUUCUCCGAGCUAUGAAAUUAUAUAAGAAAAGUAUUCCAAAAAAACAUGUUGAUGUUGCUGGAACAUUAAUUAAUUUAGGCACGAUUGAUUGUGAACGACAAGACUAUGGUAAAGCCUUAAUUCGAUUUCUUAAAGCAAAAAAGAUUUAUGAUCGUUCACUUCCACCAAAACAUCCAAAUCUUGCAUUACCUCGAGUUAAUUUAGGUAAUGUUUAUUUAUCAGCUGGUGAUUAUGAUAUGGCUCUAAAAGAAUACGAAGAUGCAUUGACAAUGCAAGUCGCAUCAUUACCAGGUGAUCAUCCAGAUAUAGCUCGUACAUUACAUAAUCUUGCACUCGUACAAACAAAUCGAGGAAAUAUGGAACAAGCAAAAGAAUAUAUGGAACGAGCAGAAGAAACAGCUAGUAAAACAUUAUCUGCAAAGCAUCCACUAAUGGGAUUACUUACUAAAACGAAAAAUAUCAUGGUCGAUGAAGUUAAAGAUUAUGUUUAUACUCGACAUUAA